AUGUUAGAGAAAUCCAAGGCUAAUGGGCAAGAAUUCAACAAUGAAGUUUUUACUGUUGGAAGCAUUCACCAUGUCAAUGUCGUGGUUUCUAAUUUCAAGCUGGCAAGAUUAUCUCCCUUAGGCAAUAGCAUUGUCUCUCUUACCGUAGCAAGAGGAACCAUAGGGUACAUAGCUCUAGAGUUGCUUUACAAGAAUAUUGGUGCGGUUUCUAUCAAAGCAGAUGUUUAUAGUUUCAGAAUGCUAUUGAUGGAAAUGGCUAGUAGAAGAAAGAAUUUAAAUGCUGGUGCAGAUCAUACAAGUCAAAUUUACAUUCCUUCAUGGAUUUAUGAUCAAUUCAAAGAAGGAAACGACGUUGAAAUGGAUGGUGGAAUAGAGGAUGAAUAA